GCGCUUCCCUGGGCGUGGGGAAGGCUGCGGGCUGUGCCACCCGUGACUGUCCCGUGGGCGAGCGGCCGGGAGGAGCGGAGGAGCCCGCGGAGCGCUAUAAAGAGCCGGGGCAGCGCCGGGGCGCUCCGGCCAUGGCCGCGGCAUCGCAGUGUCUGGAGGAGGGCUCGGGGCGCUGGCCGCCGCCGGCCGGGCCGUACAGCGAGGCGCAGCGCCUGGCGCUGGAGGAGCUGGUGGCGGGCGGCCCCGAGGCGCUGCGGGCUUUCCUGCGGCGGGAGCAGCUGCCGCCCUUCCUGUCGGAGCCCGAGGUGCAGGACAUCGCUCGGGCCGCGCUGCCGCCCGCCGCGGGCCCGGAGCCGGCGGCCGAGCCGUCGGCCGGAGCCUCGUUGGACGCCUCGUCGCUCACCUACUUCCCCGAGCGCUCGGACCUGGAGCCGCCGGCGCUGGAGCUGGGCUGGCCGGGCUUCGCCAGCGGCGCCUUCCGCGGGCUGACGCGGGUAGAGGCGCACUUCCAGCCCGGCUGCGGGGACAGCAUCUACGGCUGCAAGGAGGCGGUGCGGCGGCAGAUCCGCUCCGCCCGCCAGAUGAUUGCUCUGGUUAUGGAUUCCUUCACAGAUACUGAUAUCUUCACAGACCUCUUGGAAGCCUGUAGCCAACGGCAAGUUAAAGUGUAUAUCCUUCUAGAUCAGUCUUCAUUUUCCCACUUUCUAAAAAUGUGCAAGGAUCUGCGAGUUGACCUUGAGCAGGAAAAGUUGAUGAGGGUUCGGAUUAUCACCGGGAGCACAUACUGCACCAGGUCAGGUGUCAAAAUCAUUGGAAAAGUCCGUGAAAAGUUCAUGUUAAUUGAUGGCAUUAGAGUGACAACGGGCUCCUACAGUUUUACAUGGACAGAUGGGAAGCUGAACAGCAGUAACAUUUUGAUCCUGUCAGGCCCCGCAGUUGCGCACUUUGACCUGGAAUUUCGGAUUCUUCAUUCACGGUCAAAGCCUAUCAACCUCAAAGAGUUUUCCAGCUGCAAGAAGAACAGGGUGUGGGACCAGCUGUUCAGGAUAACAGUGGCUUCCAGAGACAUGACCAGGGAACACUUCCUGAGAAUGGAAUUUUUGUAUCUGAGAGCAUUUGUAGGAGAUCUGAAGAGGAAGAGGAGCUGGCUGCACGCCUCCAGGGAGGCCGUGUACACCCCAAAUAACACGAUGCACACCUCUCCCCCGCUGACUAAGAGGAAUGGCUCCCUGGUUAUGAGGCCACACUGGAUCAUAGAGAGAUGAACUGCAUGUCCAUGCAGAGCAAGAAGCAGAACCACAGGAACCACGUCUGUCCAUCCCUGUCCAGCACUGUCUUGCAGUGUGUUUGUGAGGGCAGCUGGGAAAGAAACCUCAGACUGAGAGAAAGUGAAACUGGAAUUGUGGCUUUGUUUGAAGAAUACUAUAAAGCCAUUAUUGACUUCUACUAUUCUGUUAAAUUUUCAUUUCUCAGCCUGUUCAUGCAUGUUUUAAGCUGAUGGGU